AUGCGUUUCUCCACCGUCUUCGUCGCUGCCGCCGCCGCCGGUGCUGCCAACGCCCAGGUUGAUUCCCUCGUCUCCUCCGUUCUCGGUGGUGUCACCUCCGGCCUUGGUAGCGAUGUUACCUCUGUCCUGAACAGCAUCACCUCCGACAUCGGCUCAGGCGCUGCCUCUGCCACUUCAGGUGCCGGAUCCGCCAUUUCCUCAAUUGCUUCAGGCGCUUCCUCCGUCGCUUCUUCGGCCGCCUCCGGUGCCGGUUCCGCUGGCUCUUCGGUCGCAAGCUCUGCUGCCAGCGAGGCCUCUGACAUCGCCUCCUCUGCCUCCGCAGCGCUCUCCAGCGCCACCAACGGAGCUCAGUCAUCUUCCAUCCUCUCCGAGGCCAGCUCCCGUGCUUCCAGCGCUGCUUCCGCCGCCAGCUCUGCGGCUUCAUCUGCCGCUGAGACUUCGGGUCUUGCUGCUCCCACCGCUGUUCCCGCCAUGGGCGCCAUCGCUGGUGGUCUCCUCGCCAUGGCCGGCCUUUUGUAA